UCUAUAUGUUCAAGUUUAGAAAUUAGUGUUAUACACAUAACACAUUAGUACAUAAUUAAACAUCAAAUGCAUUACAUAAUUACAUUUCUAACCAUGCAUUAAUGCAUUAUGACUGUCUUAUGAAAUGAGACAAUAUUGCUCGGAAAUAAUACCAUAAAAUUUACUAAUACUAUUAAAGACACUAUUUUAUCACAAUCCCAUAAGAAGAAAGGUGAAACCUCAGGGCUUCCCAAACUCUGAAUGUUUAUGAGUUUCUCAAUUCUUUUUUAAACUGAUUCCAAACAAGAAUUCAGUUUAUGAAGCUACCAAGUUUCUGACAUGCUAAUGCCUAAUGGAUUUCGAAACGGAUAAACAUGAGACGUGGAAAGGUAUUGUAAGAUGUAUGCGAGCAAGAUGAAAAGAGUGAUUUUGUAUACAUUUAAGAACAUCUUUGCUAAAUUUGUAAAAUAAUGAAUGAAGUAGUUGAAUUGGCUGAAUGCGUUGAGCAGUUCUUUUCAUCACUUUCCGUCAAUUCAGCCAACAAAAUAACUUUCUUGGCAAUGAAAAAUGGUUCAUCCCGAGCAUGAUAAUUGACCGUUAAGAUUGAUAAGUCAAAAAUAGAAGUUAGGCAAGGCAUUUGCUGGAUGGAAUUUAGAUGUGAUUAGAGCUACCCCUUACUUUUGAAUUACUGUAGAUGUUAAGCGCUUGAUUGGGAGGAGGUUCAGCGAUCCCUUGGUACAGAGUGACAUGAAGUUAUGGCCAUUCAAGGUAAUUGCUGGUCCCCGUGACAUGCCAAUGAUAGUAGUGAAAUACAAGGGUGAGGAAAAACAGUUUUCGGCAGAGGAAAUCCUAUCCAUGGUUCUAACAAAGAUGAAGGAGACUGCUGAGGCUUAUCUUGGAACCAGAAUAAAAAAUGCAGUGGUCACUGUCCCCGCUUACUUCAAUGAUUCCCAGCGGCAGGCCACAAAGGAUGCUGGAACUAUAUCCGGUCUGAAUGUUAUGCGUAUCACCAAUGAACCCACUGCAGCUGCAAUUGCAUAUGUUCUGGACAAGAAAACAAGCAGCUCGGGCAAGAAGAACGUCCUCAUCUUCGACCUCGGUGGUGGUACUCUUGAUGUCUCUCUUAUCACGAUAGAAAACUUCAUCCUGGAGGUUAAGUCCACUGCAGGUGACACUCAUUUGGGAGGUGAAGAUUUCAACAACAGAAUGGUGAACCACUUUGUUCAGGAAUUCAAGCGGAAACAUAAGAAGGAUAUCAGUGGAAACCCUGGGGCAUUGAGUAGGCUGAGGACAGCGUGCGAGAGUGCAAAGAGGACUCUGUCAUCAACUGCCCAGACAACCAUUGGAAUCGAUUCAUUGUUUGAGGGUAUUGGAUUUUACACAACCAUUGCAAGGGAGUGGUUCGAGGAGUUGAACAAGGAUCUAUUCAGGAAGUGUAUGCUGCCGAUUGAAAGGUGUCUGAGAGAUGCGGAGAUGGAUAAGAACAGCGUCGAUGCUGUUGUUCUUGUGGGUGGAUCCACUAGGAUCCCUAAGGUUCAACAAUUGCUGCAGGAUUUCUUCAAUGGCAAAGACCUCUGCAAGAGCAUCAACCCCGAUGAAGCUGUUGCCUAUGGUGCUACUGUACGAGCUGCCCUUCAGAGCGGAGAAGCGAAUCAGAAGGUUCAGGAUUUGUUGGUGUUGGAUGUCACUCCCUUCUCCAUUGGCGUGGAGACGGAGGGCGGUGUUAUGACAGUUUUGAUCCCUAGGAACACAACCAUUUCCACUAGGAAGGAGCUAAUUUUCUCCAGUUAUUCUGACAACCAGCCAAGUGUGCUGAUCAAGGUCUUUGAGGGAGAGAGAACUAUGACAAAGGACAACAACCUAUUGGGAAAAUUUGAGUUGUCCAACAUACCGCCAGCCCCUAACGGUGUUCUAGAUAUCACUUUGUGCUUCGAAAUCGAUGCCAACGGUAUUCUAGACGUCUCAGUGGUUGACAACACGACCAGUCAAAUGGGCAAUAUCACAAUCAUUAAAGAUAAGGGAAGGCUCUCAAUUGAUGAAAUUUUUAGAAUAAAGGGAUCUUCUCUUUGGCGUUCUCUAUCUUCUUCCACUUCAGUUCUCCAAAUGGAGGAAGAUAUCAAUGAGUUCUUCAAGAGUUGGGAGUCACCGGAGAACGAGCAAUUGCUAGGGUCUCUAGAAUUCACCGAUGCAAUGGGAAGUGCAAUGCAUUGCUUGACUCAGGUUAGCUUCUCUGUCACUCACUCUAUUCAACCUUGAUUGAACACGCCAUUAGUACAUUGUCCCUGGUUUUUUGCAGGCUGUGAUCUAUUUCGUACUAUUUUAUCAAAGGAGUAACCAGGAGAUGGAGAUCCAACAAAAAAGGAUUGUCGAACUGGAGAAGGAAAACACAGCCCUCUUAGACAAGAUGGAGGGGUACAGCGAGCAAAUUAAGGCAUGGAAAGAGAAAGCUCAGACUUCUGCAAUCGAGGCUGUGAGUUCUUUCAAAAGGUCCCACGAGUAUGCCCAAGCCAUGGAAUACGCGGGGAGGGCUCGGAUGAAAGACAUUGUACAUGAGUGGCUGAAGGAUGAAGAGGGCCGGGAGAAGAGGCGGAAGAGCUCUGGACAAACUCCCCCUUCCACUCAAAACUGAUAUGAAACUGUCUUACAACUAACAAAAAUAUAUGAUUAAGGAUUAAGGAGUAUAUUGCAAGAACUAUUAGUUUAGACAGUCUUGGAAAAAUGAACUAGUGGCUCAUGCGAUUACCUGUGAUCAAAAGUUGAUGAUAUGUGUUGUGAUUUUUGAAAUAUGAUCUUGCUACAUAUGCAUUUUAAAACACUAGUCUUUUUGUACAUUUUUGUUGUUUGUACAUAUCAGAUGGUCCCUUACAGACUACCAUUUUUUGUACCCAUGGCUUUGUUUUUUACCAAUACGGUUCACUAAGAGCCUUGGUGCAUUGGUGAUGAGGUGGCAAAUAAUGAAAACAGUCUAUUUAAUGUGGGCCGAGCAUCUAUAGAAAGAGAGUAUAUCAAGACUCCAAUGAUUUAUGAUGGUUAUAGUUGAAUAGCUUUAUAACUGAGUAGCUGAUCCAUGUAGGACCUCUGAAUAACUCUCAGAAAAAUGAUUGAUUACAUUGAUGCACUAUAUUCUCUCACUAUUUUGUUCAUGGCAGGCUAUUGGAUUUGAAUAUGGUAUAUAAGUGUGAGAAUAAGAGAAUUGAGUACUCAACUUGGGGUUGAAGGGUUGGUGUUGAGUAUGUAGCAGGGUUGAGUUUCAUAUAUAAGUUUGAGAUCACUUCUUUACGAUCUAUUUGGGUUGUACCAGAUGUCCCGAAGACCAUGGACAAAAUCCAGCUACAUGAUGUUUGCUAUCACUAUUGAUGAUUUUGGGGCCUCAACUUGGAGUUGAUUUGAUGCAAGGUUCGAAUUUGUGUUAGAGGAAGAUCUUAAGAGAGGUUUUAAUAUCGACGGCACAUCAUGAAGAAUGGCCUAAAAGCAUUACCGUAUGAUUUGAGAAGAGGAAAAGAGUUGAGAAUUUGAGAUGAUGUUUCAAGCGGAAGAUUUAUUAGUUUUACCAUUACUUUGGAAAUUAGAAUUAAGAUUUAAAUGAUUACGUGUAAGCUAGAGUUUAGGUUGUACUCUCCGUCCCCUUUUAAAUGUCCCGGAAGAGGGUGACACGAGUUUUAAGAAAAGUGUGUUUGUGUGGUUGAGAUUAAUUUAUAAAGUAAGAAUAAAGUAAGAAUGAUUUUGAGCCACACAAACUUUACCAAAUAAGGAAUUAGACAAUUAAAUAAAGACAUCCCAAUAUGAUAAAAUGAGACAUUCAAAA